AGGGGAGUCAGGGAGAGGGGCAGGGAGGUAGGAAGCGGGCUGAAAAAGAGAGGUGGAGAUCAGAGAGAGAGAGAGCGGAAUGGACACAGAGAGACAGAGAGAGAGGCUAGUAGCCAGCGUUAUGAUAAGUGUUUACUGCACUGUUCUGAGAGCCAAUGAUCUGCUCUUGUGUGAGUCAUGGAGAUUAUUUAGACUGGUGACAGCGUGCAGCACAGAGCAUCGGCAGAACUCCCUCACGCUCCUCACACUGACAACAGGAGACGUACAGCAGGCAGAUGCGUGACUGUUUGAUCUGUGAAAAAGCGGCCAGCGGGUCACACAUAUUGGCACAAAGGAGAAGCUGACAAACCCAUUCACUUCCCUGUGAAGACCCCAGAAUCUCUGGAAUGAGGCAUGCAAAACUUGUGAUUUUUGAAAACACCAAGUGGCUGAGCUGUAGGAGCCAAGAGUUGAUGGACAGUCGGAAGAGCGAAUUAAAUGGUAGGUGGGACAUCCCAGCUUCAAGUGGUUUCAGAUUUCACAUACUACUUCACACAGGUACAGAAAAAUGACUGUGACUGUGUCCGUGGGAACCAGGGCUUUUGCUCAAUGCAAGCCAUUUCAAUCUACAUGUCGAUUUUUAAGCGAAAAUGAUGGUCGGAACCGGUACCAGAAAGGACACCUUAUAUCUAAGAGGUUUUAAUUAAAAGAAUCCUGUGGCUACAUACAUAUUGGCCAGCAAAUCUCAGCUGCAUUUCCAGCUCCUCAUACCUGUGUGCAUGUCUGAUGGAUAUAUCCAUAUCAUUUGGAAGAAGUACCAUCUUCCUUCCCUAUUUCCUCUUCUUUGUUGUUUCAAUAGUCAUUGUUAUUAGUGACGUUAUGAAUGUUUUCCCCGAGACACAAUAAAACAAACUGAAAUGUCCACUAACACCCAUGACCCAGAUAAUCGAUUUCUCUUUCCUCCAGAUGAGCUCUGACAGCCCCACACAAACAAGAGGAGCGAAAGAGCAGGCCAGGCCAGGCUCAGUGCCCAUCAUCACUCAUCCUGAACACCAGGCAAUAAUCCUCCAUGCAUUUCCAAUCUGAGACAGAAUGAAACAAGUGACUGUCACCAUCAUGAGGCUGGUGUGGAAGUCCCUGGACAAGAUGAGGUGUUUCCGUAAACGCUCCACCAUCCCCUUCCUGGGGGUCCUGAUCACCUGUCUCCUCUUCUUCAAUCUCUACAUGGAGGAUGGAUACAUGAUGGAGGCGGGUAAAAGACCGCUGAGAGAGACAUCAAUUCAUCCUUCGAACACUGAGAGAUAUGUUCACACCUUCAGAGACCUCACUAAUUUCUCUGGAACCAUAAACGUCACUUAUCGUUACCUCGCUGGGAACCCACUACCCCGAAAGAAAUAUCUAACCAUUGGAUUGUCAUCCGUGAAAAGAAAAAGAGGGAAUUACCUCAUGGAGACGAUCAAAUCUAUUUUUGACCAGUCCAGUUAUGAGGAGCUGAAAGAGAUUGUGGUGGUGGUCCACCUGGCAGACUUUGACCUGGCCUGGUGUGAAAACCUGGUGCAGGACAUCUCCAGGAAGUUUGCCCACCACAUCAUCGCUGGGCAUCUCCUGGUGAUCCAUGCCCCUGAGGAGUACUACCCAUCACUGGAUGGGCUGAAAAGGAACUACAAUGACCCAGAGGACAGGGUACGAUUCCGCUCCAAGCAGAACGUGGACUACGCCUUUCUCCUCAACUUCUGCACCAACCUCUCUGAUUUCUACAUGAUGUUGGAGGAUGAUGUGCGCUGCUCACGGAACUUUCUGACAUCCCUGAAGAAGGUGGUCACCUCCAGGGAAGGCUCCUACUGGGUGAUGCUGGAGUUCUCCAAGCUUGGCUACAUAGGGAAGCUCUACCACUCAAGAGACCUGCCACGCCUGGCUCACUUCCUGCUCAUGUUCUACCAGGAGAUGCCCUGUGACUGGCUCCUCAUUCACUUCCGGGACCUGCUUGCCCAGAAAGACGUGAUCCGCUUCAAGCCCUCCUUGUUCCAGCACAUGGGCUACUAUUCCUCAUAUAAAGGGGCAGAGAACAAGUUGAAGGAUGAUGACUUUGAAGAAGACUCCAUUGACAUCCCUGACAACCCUCCUGCUAGCUUAUACACAAACAUUCAUGUAUUUGAAAACUAUGAUGCCACCAAGGCUUAUAGCAGUGUGGACGAAUACUUUUGGGGGAAACACCCCUCUACCGGAGACUUCUUUGUCAUUAUCUUACACGAACCAACUCAAAUCAGCAAGAUAAAAAUCAUGACAGGAACGUACGAUCGUCAGAACGAUAUCCUGCACCAUGGAGCUCUGGAAGUAGGAGAGAAGCUGGUGGGGACAAAGAGAGGAAGGCAGUGUUCUUCCUACAUCACGUUAGGGGACUUUAAAUAUGGCAACAUUGAGGUUCAUGACGUGGACCACAAGAUUGCCUUUGACAUUGAGUGUGUUCGUAUUGUGGUGACUGCCAGUCAGAAAGAAUGGCUGAUCAUUAGGACUAUAAGUCUGUGGACUACACCUCCCAGUCAAUGGUACACCGAGGGACCAUACCGUUUAGACUAAAGUUUUUUAUUAAUGUGCCUAUUAAUUUAUAUUGAUUAUAUGUUGGAUGCUCUAUGGUUUAUUUUAUUAUCCAUUAUAUUUGACAUACAGUACAUUUUUGAGGAUUUGAAAGUUAUUUGGGUUGUCAACGUUGUAUUUUUGUUAUAAAAUAAAAUGCAGACAAAUGUG